AUGCUUACGGGCUCCAUCGCCAACUGGCCAAGGUUAAUCCAGCAAAGCUACGACAACAUCGCGCCCGGCGGUUGGUUCGAAAUCUCCGACAUCACCUUCCCCAUUAUGUGCGACGAUGAUACCUUCCCCAAGACCUCGGAUCUUAACAAGUGGUCCGACUUCAUGCUCGAAGCCUCCCAGAAACUCCAGCGCUCUCUCGAAAGCGCGUACCACUACAGGGAACAGCUGGAGCAGGCUGGCUUCGUCAACGUCAGGUACAAGGAGCUCGGAGGCUGGGCUUGCGAGAAUAUCGCGGGUGGCGCGUCGGGCCUCAGCUUGGCCCUCUUCACAAGAGGUCUGGGCUGGACUGCGCAAGAGGUCGAGGUCUUCCUUGCCGGAGUGAGAAAGGACAUGAUGAAUGUGCAUAUGCACACCUACUACUACAUUAUUACCGUCUACGGCCAGAAGCCUGAGGAUGCUGGCGAUUCGCCCACCACAGGUUCACCCGUGAAUCCCUAG